AUGCAGCCAUCACUCAACAUCCCACUUAUAGCGACGGACUCUCAGGAGCUGACCAGGAAGGAGCAGGAGGGCCACACAUCCUACAGCCCCUGCCUGUCCCACCACUCUGCUCCCCAGAGCUCUCUGCCAGGUCCUUCACACCACAACCUCGUGCCCUACGUCCCGGAUCAAAGCGCGCAGCAAGCCAAGAGUCAUGCUGAUCACACCUUGCCCCAGCUCCUGAACAACGAGGGGUCCUUGCUUGCCUACUCGGGCUACGGGGACACGGACGCCAGGGUCACCGCGGCCAUCGCCAGCAACAUCUGGGUGGCCUACGACAAGAACGGCCACCAGGCAUUCAAUGAGGACAACCUCAAAUUCAUCCUCAUGGACUGCAUGGAGGGGCGAGUGGCCAUCACCCGGGUGGCAAACCUGCUGCUCUGCAUGUACGCGAAGGAGACGGUUGGAUUUGGGAUGCUGAAGGCCAAGGUAACGCUGGUGGGGAGGGGACUGCGGGGGCCCCAGGGCCGUGCAUGGUGCCAGGACUGUGCAUGGUGCUGGAGAGGUGGGGUCAUGGGAACCUUGUGAGGUUCUACAAGGCCAAGGGCAAGGU